AUGGCUACGAUGGGGGAGUCGGAGACGGUGGCAUCGAAGCCAACUGAUGAGGACCUUCCAGCGCCAGACAAGGCGCCAGAUGCAUCUCUCAAGAGAAAAGCGGAAGACGAUGGCCCCGAGGACGAUUCUCCCAAGCGUGCGAGGCACAACGAUGACGAUGACGCUGCUGCGGCUUCGAGGCGGCAAUCAUCACCUACUCACGAUCACGACCGCGGCGACGAUGACAAGGAGGUUGCAUCAGCCGCGACCCAAGAUCGGCGGAAACAGGCGAUGCAGGAGGAGAAGAAGCGGGGGAAGCGACUGUUUGGCGGCUUGAUGAGUACCCUGAGCCAGACAUCUAACACGUCUCAGCAGCAGAAGCGGCGACAAGAAAUUGAGCGCCGGCAGCAAGAUCGCAUGCAGAAGCAAAAGGCCGAAGAUGACCAGAAGAGAGCUGAGAAGCUGGAGAAGCUGCAUCUAGUACGAAUGGCGGAACAAAUUGUGUUUGACGAAGAAGUGAUGAAGAAGAAACACGAAAAACGGCUGGCCAUGGCAAGGUUCUUACGGACCAGGGCGGAGCCCGCAAUUUUCUACCUUCCAUGGAAAACCACGCCAGCACAGAAAGAUACCAUCGAUGACCAGAUCCAGAGGGCGAAAGCCACAGUGAACAAGGAGGUGGAGCAAUUCAAGGCUCGAAAACAGCGGCAUAUUGAGCGGUAUGGCCCCCCAACGAGGCAAACAAGCGUGACCCCUGAUGAACCUGCUACGACGAGAGCGCCGGAGCGCGAGAGCCCUAUCCGAAGCCCGCAUCACAGCGCCGAUAAGCCACACGUACAGGAGCGAAGAGUGUCCCAAGACAUGCACAGGGGGCAUCACGAUGAAUCUGGUGAUGACCUGGAGGAGGCUGAGGAGGACAUGGUGAUUUACUGA